AUUUGUGCUUUUUUCUCGUUCUGACAUUUUUUAGAAGAAAACUUAAUGCGAAUGUUGAAAUACCUGAAGUGAAAAAAAAAUAAAUACAAGUGUUUUACUUUUUUUUAUUGCCAUUACUAAAAAUAUAAUAAACAUUUUUUAAAGUUAUCAAAGUGCAAUAAAUGUUAAAUAAAUAUACCUUGAGCUUUUAAGAUGGAAGAAAGUAAUAAAACAAAAGAAACUGAUGAUAUUAACGCAAUAACUAAGGCUGAAGAUGACGACAAUUCAAGUAGAAAAGGAAGUGUUGUCAGCAACAGCUCUGGUGGAGGCUCAUGGUGGGGUUCUUGGAUAAAUUCGGCAAAAGAAAAGACAUCUACAGUAUUUGAAGCUGUUAAAAACGAUUUGGAUGAACUUUCCCAUGUAAUUUCAACACAGGCUUCAACUGUAGGAGCCGCUAUUGAAAAUACUUUAAAAUUUGACGAAAAUACUGACGUUUCAUUGGGUACUGUAAAAAAGAGUCUUAGUUCAUUUUUUGGUCAAGUAACAGAUGCAUUAAUACCAUCUCUUCUCGAAUAUGAUGAAACUGAAACAAUUUUAAUAACACAUGAUGGUUUAAUAACAUUAAGCGGUUUUCCAAAACAUUUAGCUGAAUUACAGAAUAAUGAUAAAACAUAUACUGAGGCACCAGAACCAGAAUUAAAACAACAAUAUAGAAGAUGGAUGGAAGUUAUUGAACAAGAUCAAUUUACUCAAGAUCGUUUAGCAAAACAUUUAACUGGAAGUGAAAUAUUAAAUGAUAAAUAUAUAAGUUUAGUGCCUGAUAAAGUUUCGCAUAUGGAUUUUUGGCAAAGAUAUCUUUUUAAGAGAGCCUUACUUGAAGAUGCUUUAGCUAAUGCUGAAUUAGCUGAAAGACGUGCAAAUAUUGAAAUAUCAUCAGAUAAAUCAGUUUCACCAAAAAAGAAUAUUAUUCAAACAGAACAGCCUAAAUUAAGUCAACAACAUAAACAGGACGAAAUAUCGAUUGCAGAAGAAGUAUUUGUUGAAAAAGAAAUCGAAGUUGAUGUAGAUGUUGAAGAAUUGGAGAAUGAAUUAUUAAACAACGAUAUAUCUUGUAAUGUUGAAUUAUCUGAAGAAGAACAGAUAAGACUUUUAGAAGAAUAUGAACAAGAAAUACAAGAACGUGAAAAAGUUAAACAAACUGGUGAUAACAAGGAAAAGUCAAAUAAAAGCAGUCCAAACAAAUCUAAAAAAUUAGAUAUGAAACAGAAUUCACAACAAAUAAAAGCUGCAGCAGCUAAUACAAAAAAUUCAAAAAAUUUGAAAACUGCCACACAAAAUAACAACACUAAUAAAAAUACGCCAAAAGAUGAUACCAAAAAAACAACCCAACAUUCAAUAAAUCAACAAAAAGGAAAAACAGUUGGACAGCAGCAAACAGUUGGUUCAAAAAAAACUUCAACAACAAUUGCUCAGGCGAAAGCUCAAAAAGAUAAAGAAGAAAAUUCAUCGGCGUCCGAUGAAAGUUGGGAAAAGGAUUUCGAUUUAAAUUAAAUAUGUUUUUCAAAAAAACAGUAUAAAAAAAAAACAAUUUUUUUUUUUAAUUUACAUAAAAUUUACAAACAAAAAACAAUUUUAAAUAUAAAUAAAUAAAAUGAAAUUUUAUUAUUUUUUAAUACAAUUCAUAUAUUAUAUUUAAAUGAUAAGUGAUAAAAUCGAGAAAAAAAAUUUAAAAACAAAAAAAAAAGAUUAUAUAUACAAUUAUAUAAGAUAAGUAAAUGAAUACAAACAAGGAAAAAUUAUAAGUUUACAAAAAUUAAAAAUAAAAAAACUUCUAUUAUUGAUAUUUUAUAUUUUUUUUUCUAUAUAUAGAAAUUUAAGAUAAGCUGCUUAUUUGAAUUAAUAU